AUGGUUUUCUUCUCUUCCAGUACAACUGGAGAUAUGAAUGACACCCGCGUCAGCAAUAGCAGCAAUAUCAGUGCUACCGUGGAACUGUUCCAGCUCAUCAUGUACACCCCCACAUUCAUCCUCGGGUUGCUAUUCAAUGGGAUGGCUCUGUCCUUCUUUUUUUUUAAGGUUAAAAAGCUGUCAGAAUCCACAGUCUACAUGAUAGCUCUUAUCUUCCUGGAUACUUUGCUGCUGUUUACUCUUCCUUUUAAAAUCAUUUCCUAUCACCUUCAGAACAAAUGGAAAUUGGGGUCUGUGUUUUGCUCCACCUUGGAGAGUCUUUACUUUGUAAACAUGUAUGGCAGCAUUCUCAUCUCCCUCUGCAUCUGUGUGGACCGGUACAUCGCCAUCCGGCACCCUUUCACAGCUCCCACCCUGAGAUCCACCAGGAAAGCUGCUAUGGUCUGUGCUAUUGUCUGCCUGGGCGUCUCAGCUGGGACAGUGUCUACUUUCCAACUGCAUGGAGAGGGCCACAACAUCUCAUCCUGCUUCCAUAACUUCUCCAAGAGCACAUGGGAAAACACAGGCCUGUUCAGUGCCUUGGAGAUUACCUUCUUUGGCAGCAUGGCAGCCAUGACCUUCUGCACUGUUCAGGCCAUCAGGUGUUUGAGAAAGCACAGAAAACUAGGUGACCCCCAAACACACACCACUAGAGCAGAGAAGAUAGUGGUGACAAACCUUGUGGCAUUUUUGGUCUGUUUCACACCUUACCACGUGGCAUACUUUCUGUACUUUUUGGUGAAGAAUAAUAUCAUUCACACCAGUUUUCAGCAAGUGCUACGAGAUAUUGUUCAGGCCACGCUUUGCUGGGCAAAUCUGAACUGCUGUCUCGAUGGGGUGUGUUAUUACUUUGUUUUAAAGGAGUCCUUCGAAGACCCAUUAAAAAAACAGUGAAAAAACAGCCAUGAAAGCCUUGAUCCAUGUGCUGCAUUUUGGUUACUUGGGACGAUGUGUGAAGAUGCUUUCAUGGAGAGUACAGGGUCCUGA